GUCAUGGUACUCCUGAGGCCGCCAGAGCCCUGUCGAAACCCAAAAGCCGUGCGCGACGACUUUUGAUCUUGCUUCGGAUCUGUCUCGUCCCAGCCCGCACAAUCACCCGCAGCACUUGCUACCCAAGACCAUGGCGACAACAAGACAGGCUGUUGCGGCGCUGGUGCUCCAGUUCCGCAUGGCUGCAGGCAGCGAUGCCGAAGCAUCGUCUGAGCUUCGCUGGUGCAUCGAGGAGUUGCUUCAGCGGCGCAUCCGGCCAUCGCACCACUUUCCCCGGAAGACGGCCGCCUCUCGUUUGCCCAGGACGGCCAAAGCCGCCGACGCUCUCGAGUUGCUCUCGACACUGCACGGCAGCGAGGAGGCCCUCGUCAGGGCUUACUCUGGACUGGAUCGGGCCGAAAGACGACGACUGGAUCGCUGGGCCGAGCUCCGAUCCAGAAGCCACAAGCCGCUGCAAUAUCUCCUUCGCUCACAGCCGUUUUUGGGGCUCGACAUUACCGUGCGUCCGCCGACGCUGAUCCCCAGGUGGGAAACAGAAGAAUGGGUGGAGCGGCUGAUCACACAGAUCCGCAAGAGCCUUCUGUAUCAGCCUGAUCGACGGCAUCCCAUUCGUAUCCUCGAUCUCUGCUCCGGGAGCGGCUGCAUUGCCCUGGCCCUGGCCCAUCAUCUCAACGGACAACCGCUGCCAUCGCAACCCCACAGCCAGCCGCAGUUCUCGGUCACCGGCAUCGACAUAUCCGCGCGGGCGAUCGCUCUGGCCCGAAUCAAUCAGCGUCGGCUUGGAAUCGGAAAUGCCGAGUUCCACCAAGCCGAUCUCACCGAUCCUCACCAGCUCGCCAGGGCACUUCAUCCAGAAGGGUAUCAUAUCCUUGUCGCAAAUCCUCCCUACAUUCCGCGAAUGCAGUAUCAAAGGCUAGCGGCAAGCGUCAAGGACUGGGAGGAUGCGGUGGCGCUCGAGUCUGGCGGAGACGGCUUGGAGCUGAUCCGCACCAUCGUCAAGCACAUCAACCAAGAGUCCAUCCGUCUGAUACCAACCGAGCACACUCUCGAAGCCCACAACCCAGGGCCGACGCCGGCGAUUGCCCUGGAGAUCAAUGGAUGCGACCAGUCACAAGAGACACUUGGGCUGCUGCGGAGCAUCGCCCAGAUCAAGCGAGCAGAAGUGUGGCAGGACCUGGCCGGUCAUGACCGCGCUGCGGUGGGAUAUUGGUCAUGAACACCUGGGUCGACGCGAUACCCAGGCUCGGACGUUCGAUCGGCGAUAGCACAAUAAACAUUGCAUCCUUGAUUGUCGUGCUCUGGGUCGAUUGCUGUCUGCAGUCCCUGUUGAGCGGCAGCCCAGCCCCGAGUGAUUCACGAGCGAAAGCUGCCGGAGAGAUGCGCAUGGACGGCCCUGUUUCGCAGGGCAGGCGGUUGCAUCGAUGGACCUCUUUCAAGACAGGUGUUCAAGACAAUCGUUUGAGGCAAUCGUUCGAGACA